AUGUCUCGCGUCGCUUCACUAUCACGACGUCAUCUUCUCACCUCCCUUAGUCAACAACCCAAACGCUACUUCUCAGCUACCAUGGCUCAAUCCAAAGAUACAUGGUCUGCAGACCAAUACGUCAAAUUCCUCAAAGACCGUACUCGUCCUUCUACAGAUCUUCUAGCUCGUGUUCCCAACACAUCUCCCAAGCGCGUUGUGGACGUUGGCUGUGGCCCCGGCAACUCAACCGCCGUGUUAGCCGAACGAUAUCCCAAUGCUCACGUCUCAGGUUUUGAUUCGUCAGCUGACAUGAUCAACAAGGCGAAACAAGUUCUUCCUAACGUUUCGUUUGAGGUCGCUGAUCUUUUAACCUACAAACCUGAAGAACCCGUUGACGUUCUUUUCUCCAAUGCUGUUUUUCAAUGGUUACCCAAUGGGCAACGCAUUGAGAUUGUGAGAAAACUCCUUGAGCAUGUCGCGCCUGGUGGAAGUCUCGCUUUCCAAGUCCCUUUCAACCUUCAAGAGCCAAGUCACGCUUUGAUGCGAGAAACAGCGGAUACAUCCAACAUGCCUUGGUCAGAGAAACUCAAAGCCGCCAACUACUCCCGUGACCAGUUUCCUUCACUAACUGAGAUUUGGGAUGGAUUGAAGCAUUUGUGCUCUGAUCUCGAUAUUUGGCAGACGACUUAUAUGCAUGUUAUGGAGAACCAUGAGGGUAUUGUUGAGUGGGUCAAGGGGACUGGUCUUCGUCCUUAUCUCGAUCCGCUGUCGGAGUCUGAGCAAGAAGCGUUUAUUGAGGCUUAUUUAAGCAAGUUGAAGGAGGGCUAUGCCGCGCAGAAGGAUGGAAAAGUUCUUUUGCCGUUUCCUCGCUUGUUUGUUGUUGCGACAAAGGCGUAA